AUGGCUCCAACUCUCUCCUCCCUUCAAUCUACUGCUAUUCCAACUGUUAAAAAUCAAGAGCAGAAACGAUAUUCCUGCUCACAAUACGUCCGCACACAUACGGAGAUGCUUGUGAUCGGUAUCAACCGUACUCAUGCUCUCCAGAAACUCUACGACAUUAAAUGUCCGAUGAGUGUCUAUGAGGCUUGUGAGACAGAGCAGGUGAUUGAAAAGUAUUGUAGCAGACUAUACGAAUGCCAAUAUCUCAUCGAACUUCUGAGCAAAAAGUUCGAGGAUCUCAGAAGAAAGGAAGCCAGAGAAGCUGAGGAAAAGAGAGCCAAACAUGGAUAUUUGGAGGGAAAAAUCCUUUUCACACCGAUGUAUAUCAAGAUGAAGGAGGAAGAAAUGGCCAAUACGGAGCAACAGGAAAUCAAUAAGUUGUUCACGAAUGCUAUCAAAACGACGUCGGUUGCAAAGAGAGCAAUGGUCAAGCCUGACUACUCUAAAUUCAAAAUCAAGAAACGCUCAUCUUUGUCUUCAACUUCUCCAUCUUCUUUGACGUCCACUCCAUCACCACCAUCCGGACGCAGAAAUGGAUAUUAA